CGGGAGCGGAAUGCAGCCACAGGGUGCGGGUCUGGUCCGGUCCACAGCCCUGGAGCCGCUUCCGUUUGCGUGCUGGGAGGGCUCGGCGAGGAGGCUCUGGACCCCCCGCGGGAGGAGAGGGGAUCAAGCGUCUGCCCCGUCGGAGGCACCAUGCCUACUGCCUGGGGAUGAGGCUGAGCUCCGGGACCAGGACUGCAGCCGGUCGGGCUGUGCCGGCACUAUAUGUGCUGGGAUACAGAUUGCAAUAAAGAUCCUCCCUGGGAGGCGAGGAGGAGUGACUUCCAGGGGGCUGGGCGGAGGUGGAGAGCAGCGAGGCUCUCGCCUAUAAGGAGGUGCCCAGCGCCCGGCUGCUGUUUCCCGGCCGGAGCUCGCAAGGUGAAUCGCCGCGGCAGCAGCCGGGGGAGCCGCCUCGGCUCGGGAGCUGCUGUCGGCGCUUGGAGCGGCUCCUCUGAGAACCGCGGAUGAGAGUCCCUCGGCCGAUCCUGGCCCCACUUCCCCCUUAGCCAGGACUGCCUGCCUGCCUGCCUGGAUGCUGAAUGGUGUAAAUGAGAGGAGGAAAAGGGAGCGCACACAGGCUGGGAGGCUCUCGGAGUCUGGGACCGGAGGAGACAGGCGGGCGGCUAGCUUUUUCCUCCGGGGCUGAAUAUGGAUUCCGAAGUCCUCGGGGGCUUCACUCUGCUGCUCUUCAGUUUUUGGCAUCUGGGAUUAACUGCACCAAACUAUAAUUGUGAUGAUCCAUUGGUAUCUUCCUUACCUUCAACAGCCCUUACAAGUUCCACUGAGCUCUUCAGUACUCACAGUCCCAGCUUUGCAAAGCUCAACAGGAGAGAUGGAGCUGGUGGCUGGUCCCCGCUGGACUCAAAUAAGCAGCAGUGGCUCCAGGUCGAUCUGGGAGACAGAGUGGAGAUUGUUGCAGUUGCUACGCAGGGCAGGUACGGGAGCUCAGACUGGGUAACCAGCUAUACACUGAUGUUCAGCGACACCGGCCGCAACUGGAAACAGUACAGACAAGACGACACCAUCUGGGUUUUCACAGGGAACAGCAACGCUGACAGUGUGGUUCACCACAAAUUGCUGCACUCCAUGAAAGCCCGCUUCUUGCGCUUCAUCCCUCUUAAGUGGAACGCUGGUGGUCGGAUAGGACUAAGAGUGGAGGUCUUUGGUUGCUCCUAUAAGUCAGAUAUUGCCGACUUCGAUGGCAGAAGUUCACUCCUCUACAGGUUCAAUCAGAAGCUUAUGAGCACAUUCAAAGAUGUGGUCUCUUUGAAGUUCAAGAGCAUGCAGGGGGAUGGUGUCUUAUUCCAUGGAGAAGGACAGCGUGGAGACUACAUUACCUUGGAACUUCAGAAAGGGAAGCUCUCCUUGCACAUCAACCUGGGGGACUCCAACCUGCACUUCAGUAACAGUCACACAUCUGUCACCCUGGGCAGCCUCCUGGAUGACCAGCACUGGCACUCGGUUCUCAUAGAGCGCUUCAACAAGCAAGUAAACUUCACAGUGGACAAGCACACCCAGCAUUUCCGAACGAAGGGAGAUUCAGAUCACUUGGAUAUUGAUUAUGAGCUCAGUUUCGGAGGGAUUCCUGUCCCAGGAAAACCAGGAACCUUUCAGAGGAAAAAUUUCCAUGGAUGCAUUGAGAACCUUUAUUACAAUGGAGUCAAUAUUAUUGACCUAGCAAAAAGGCGCAAACCUCAGAUCUAUACUGUGGGGAAUGUGACAUUUGCUUGCUCAGAACCACAAAUUGUUCCUAUCACCUUUCUCAGCAACAGUCAAAGCUACUUGCUACUACCUGGCACUCCUCAAAUUGAUGGUUUGUCGGUCAGCUUCCAGUUUCGAACAUGGAAUAAAGAUGGUUUACUUCUGUACACUGAAUUGUCUGAAAAUUCAGGACCUCUCUUGAUUUACCUCCGUGGUGGGAGAUUGACACUACUUAUUCAGAAGGGGACAGAGAACCCAGUGGAAAUCACUGAAGGCACCAAUCUCCACGAUGGCCUUUGGCAUUCCGUUAACAUCAAUGCCCGAAGACAUCGCAUUACCCUGACACUGGAUAACAACGCUGCCACUGCUAGCCAUGCAACCACUGCCUCAAGGAUCUACUCUGGGAACAGCUACUAUUUUGGAGGGUGCCCUGACAAUUUCACCGAUUCCCAAUGUUUAAAUCCCAUUACCGAUUUUCAAGGCUGUAUGAGGCUCAUCUUUAUUGAUAACCAGCCCAAGGACCUCAUUUUAGUUCAGCAAGGCUCUUUAGGGAAUUUUAGUGAUUUACACAUUGAUCUGUGUGGCAUCAAAGACAGAUGUUUACCCAACUACUGUGAACAUGGGGGAAAAUGCUCUCAGUCCUGGACCACCUUUUACUGCGAUUGUAAUGAUACAGGCUACAUGGGAGAAACCUGUCAUAAUUCUAUCUAUGAACAAUCUUGUGAGGCUUAUCGACACCAAGGGAAGACAUCAGGUUUCUUCUACAUCGAUUCUGAUGGAAGUGGACCUCUUGGACCACUCCGUGUUUUUUGCAAUAUAACAGAAGAUAAGAUCUGGACUGCAGUGCAGCACAACAACACAGGGCUAACCAGAGUCCAAAGAGCUGAUAUGGAGAAGCCGUAUACCAUGUUCUUUAAUUACAACAGCAGCGCGGAGCAGCUUGAAGCCGUGAUAAACAGUGCAGAGUACUGCGAACAGGAGGCAGCCUACCACUGCAAAAAGUCACGUCUCCUGAAUACCCCAAAUGGAAUGCCAUUUGCUUGGUGGGUUGGCCGUGCCAAUGAAAAGCAUCUUUACUGGGGAGGAUCUCUUCCAGGCAUUCAACAGUGUGCAUGUGGACUGGAAGAAAGUUGUCUGGAUAUGAGAUAUUUUUGCAACUGUGACGCAGAUAGAGAAGAAUGGACAAAUGACACUGGCCUCCUUGCUUUCAAAGACCAUUUGCCUGUAACUCAGAUAGUGAUCACUGACACAAACAGAUCAAAUUCUGAGGCUGCUUGGAAAAUUGGCCCUUUGCGUUGCUAUGGAGACAGGCAGUUCUGGAAUGCUGCUUCUUUCAACACGGAGGCCUCCUACCUGCACUUUCCCACCUUCCAUGCCGAGGUCAGUGCAGACAUCUCCUUCUUCUUCAAAACUACUGCUGCCUCUGGGGUAUUCUUGGAAAACCUUGGGAUUAAAGACUUCAUACGAGUUGAAAUAAGAUCUCCCAAAGAGAUUGCCUUCUCCAUAGAUGUUGGGAAUGGCCCCAGAGAAGCCACCGUGCAGUCUCCUGCACCCCUGAAUGACAACCAGUGGCACUAUGUCCGAGCAGAGAGGAACCUUAAGCAAACCUCUCUCCAGGUGGACAGCCUGCCCAAGAAGGUCCUGGAGGCACCUGCUGAGGGGCAUUUCCGCUUGCAGCUCAACAGCCAAUUAUUUGUAGGGGGAACAGCUUCCAGACAAAAGGGCUUUUUGGGAUGCAUUCGAUCUCUGGAUUUAAAUGGACAGAAACUUGACCUUGAAGAGAAAGCUAAAAUGACACCUGGUGUUAAACCUGGAUGUCCAGGACAUUGCAGCAGUUAUGGUAACCUCUGCCAUAAUGGAGCAAAAUGUGUGGAGAAGUAUAAUGGUUACUCCUGUGAUUGUACCAACUCAGCAUAUGAAGGACCUUUCUGCAAGGACGAGGUUUCUGCAUUAUUUGAAGCUGGCACUUCCGUUACCUAUAUUUUCCAAGACCCUUAUCCUGUCACAAAAAAUGCAAGCACCUCAAGCUCUGCCAUUUAUGUGGAUGCUGUCGUGUCCAAGGAAAAUAUCGCAUUUAGCUUUCUCACAGCACAUACUCCAAGCCUUCUGCUGUACAUCAACACCUACUUUCAUGAAUAUUUGGCUGUGAUUCUCUCCAAAAAUGGUAAGUAGUCUUGAUUUGUUACC